AUGCAGGUCGGCCGAAGCAAAGCGCGCAGCAGCACAGUGUAUAAGAACCUCAAUCCGACGUGGAAUGAGGAGUUUCUAUUUAGAACGGAUAACCUUGAAACGGAUGUUCUCCUUGUGACCGUUUGGGACGAGGAUUACUUAGGAAAAGCGGAUUUUCUGGGUCAAAUGUCGGUGCCGGUUGCUGCGGUGGCGGCUGCGGAAGGGAAGAGCCUUUCGCCGACGUGGUAUCCGCUUAAGAAGAGAAGCGAGCGAUCUCGCUCCUUCGUCUCAGGCGAAAUCCUUAUAGAGGUCUCACUUUGGGGCCUCGUGUCCCACGCGGCUCAAUCCCAAACCUCCAGCCCUGUCAGCUCAACCGCCCUCUCCCCUUACUCCUCCACUCCCUUCUCCAUCACCCCUCCCUCCACCUCGCACACCCCCACUCUCCCGCUCCUCACCUCCUCCUCCUCCUCCUCCUCCUCCUCCACACCACCCUCCCUCGCUUCCACCCCCGGCACCUACCAACCCAACCCAACCGACCAGACUUACAACCCACCAGCGAAUUUCCAACUCCUGCAUCCGGACCAGAUGGGCCUUAGUACAAUCCCAUCCGAGCCACAUUCCCCAACCUCCUCUGCUGACUCGACAGCGUCUGCGCCUGGCGGCUUGGGCUCGCUGUCACUCUGGCUGUCAGGGCCCCUCUCCUCCACCUGCUCCUCCGCUGCUUCUGCCUCCCUGACCUUCCACUCUGGGACUCUGAUGCUGACUGGGGUGCCGCCUGCUGCUUCUGGCUCUCUGCCUCCUGCUGGUGCACCGACUUUCCUGCUGCCUCCUGCUGGUGCACCGUCUCUCCCGCUGCCUCCUGCAACGAGUUCUUCCUCUGCUGAAGCUGACGCCACUGCACCUCCUCCUCUACUGAAUGGUGGGACCUCCUCAUCCGCUCCUCCUACUCAUGCCUCAGGCGGGAGCGAUGCAGCAGCCCUCGCCGACCUUGCAUCACCUACUGACAUGGCAAUCGUAGCUCAUUCUGCCGACUUGCACCUAAAAUCCGUCGCUGAAUCCCACGCCAUCCACCACUCCACCUCUGCCCCUGCCCGCCCCUCCAAAUCCCACUUCUUUCACUCCUUCACCCGCUCCAAAUCCAAAACUUCCACUCACGGCCACGUCAGCACCAUAUCCGAAUCCUCUGACGAAUCCCCCUCUCCCAUACCUCAUAGCGCCCCCACCGCGGCUCUCCUCCCUCACGCCGCCACCAUCAACACCCCCCCUCCACACCACCACUCCUCUAAAGACCCAGCAAACACCGACACAAACACGGAGGUCUUUCCAGGGGCUAAGUCCGUGGGGCUGAGGCAGCGGUUGUCUGGAUUCACCUCCUCCUCUAAGGCCUCCCGCAGAGCCUCGGAACAGCAGCAGCAGCCCCCGGUGCACGGCCUGCCGAAGCAGCGCUCUGUGUCGUCCUUCCUGCCCCGCCGCCGCUCCUCCUCCUCUGAAAACGCCGCUGUGAAGGCCAGUAAGAGCGUGGAGGGCGGAGUAGCAUCUCCCUUGCCGAAAUCCGGGAGUGUAACGGGGGGUGGGGCGGGGAGCGGGGGUUCGGGAGCGUCUUCAGGGGACGAUGGAGGGGAGAAGGGGGAAGGGGCGGGGGUGGUGGGGGGGUUAGGCGGAGGGGAGAGUUUGGUGCCACUGUCGUGGUUUGACGGGGAUCUUAAAGGGGUGGCUUCUAAGGGGGAUAUGCCGGCUGCGCUGGGGGGAGGGGUGCUGGUGGAGCAGUGGUAUGGCGUGCCGGCCCAUGAGCUGAACGGGAUACUGUUUAAGCCUGACUCCGACUUCUAUGCUGAGUUCACAGCCGAGCGCAAGGUGUCUCAGCUCGAAACAGGACCAUGGAUUGAGGGAGACGCUGCUGCAAUCCCCUCACUAGCAGACUCCCUCCCUGCCACCAUCACAACCGCCAACGUGCCCGCCUCUCCUCCCAUCAGCUCGCGAGUGGUCCGCUACAUGACCGCGCCCUCCUCCCUGGUCAAGUCUGUACUCGCUACAGAGCUGAUGCGUUACAGCAGGGCGGACGCGGGGGGGUAUCUGGUGGAGGUGUAUGUGGCGACGCCUGACGUGCCGUAUGGCAACACGUUCCGCACCGAGAUGCAGUUCUGCAUCACACCGUCACCAGACGGCAGCAGCUGCCAGCUGCGCGUGUCGUGGGCGCCGUGCUUCCUGCACAGCACCAUGAUGAAGGGCAUGAUUGAGAACGGCAUGCGAUCGGGCCUCAAGGACACUUACAUUGCUUACCAGGCGAUCCUGUCCAAAUACGCUGCACCUGCCACAACCCCUCUCGGUUUCUCCUCCGCAUCUGCCCUCCUCCCCGAGCCUCCGCCGAAGCAGCCGCUGAUGGCUCGGCUGUUCAACAUACUGGGGCACUUUUCCAUGCUGCUCUUCUUUGUCUCCCUUAUAGUGCUCCCCAUGCACUUCAUACAGCGUGCCAAGGGCCUGCCAGGCGUGCAGUUUUUGCUGCUGGACUUGCCUGAUGGGUGCGUGGGGAGAAAGGGGCAUGUCAGGGGUGUGGGUGCUGCUGCUGCUGGACCUACCAGGUGUGUUGGGGGCGACCAUGGGAAGAAGGCGGAGGGAGAGGGGUGGCUGCUGACAGUGACGCUGGUGCAAGGGGAGGGCGUGGGGGAGGUGGGGGGGCUAGGCGGCAAGAGCGACCCGUACGUGGUGCUGACCUUUGACGCGUGCGAGGACCAGGCAGAGGUGGACCCCCCAUCAACGCUAGACGUGGAGAUCUUUGACUACGACGGCCCCUUCUCAGCGCCAACAGCACUCGGCCAGGCAGAGGUUGACCUCGCCCUCUCUUUUGAUGCCCUUGAAGACCCGCCCUCAACACUGGAUGUGGAAAUAUUUGAUUACGAUGGGCCCUUCUCAGCGCCCACAGUGCUGGGCCAGGCAGAGGUUGACCUCGUGAGGUGCAGCGCCCAGGAGCUCUCAAACCUCUGGGUGCCGCUGCAGGGAGGGCAGCAGCCCCUUGUUUCACACGCCAACUCCCUCCCCUCUCCUCUUCCCGUUCUUUCCUUCGAUGCGUACGAAGACCCCCCAUCAACAUUAGAUGUGGAGAUCUUUGACUACGAUGGUCCCUUCUCAGCGCCCACAGCGCUGGGCCAGGCAGAGGUUGACCUCGUGAGAUCCAGCGCCCAGGAGCUCUCAGACCUCUGGGUGCCGCUGCAGGGAGGGCCGCGGACGGAGGCGCGCAAGGGGGGUAAGGCGCCGGGGCAGGGGCCGGGGCAGGGGGUGGAGGCGAGGCUGCAGCUGAGGGUGCUGCUAACGAGUACGAGUGAGGCUUCUCCACCAAUGAUUAUCGAGCGGAUCAGCAAGCAAGUCGGCAAGGAGCUCCUUCGUAUCUCGGAUGAGAAGAACACAGCCUUCCAUAACUUAUUUGACCUGCCCGACAACGAGCCGCUUAUCAACGACUUCUCCUGCGCGCUCAAGAAGAACCUCCUCUCGCAGGGUCGCCUCUUCCUCUCCCCGCGCCUGCUAGCCUUUCAUGCGUCCCUCUUCCGAGUGCGCAUAAAGCUAGCGGUGCGAUGGGAGGACAUCGACGAGCUGAAGGAGAACGCGCCCUCCAUCCACUCCAUCAACCGCCUCCUCAACCCCUCCAUCACCAUCUACGUCAAGCCGGGCCGCGGCGGCCCCGACACGCGCAGCGCUGCGUAUGGAAUUGACCCUUCCGGUCGGCUUAAGAUCCGGUUUCAGUCCUUCGCUCGCCCCACCAUUGCCUUCCGCCUGAUCACAGCCCUGUGGCGCCACAGAGCACUCCCCCCCGAGCAGCAGCUGGAGCGAGCCAAGGAGGCCGCCAGCGCUGCCGCUGCUGCAGAGGCUGGAGGGGCAGGGGCAGCGGCAGGAGCAGGGGGAGCGGGGGCAGGGGCAGGGGCAGGGGCCGGGGCAGGGACAGGGGCCGGGGCCGGGGCAGGGGAAGGGGAAGGGAUGGUGCGAAGCGCUUCCCAAGGCUUUGGGGUCGGUAGUGGAGGGGGUGUGGGUGUGGGCGGAGCAGCAGCAGCAGCAGGGAAAGGAGGGGCAGCAGGAGGGGGUGGUGUUGCUAGCGGUGUUGGUGGGGCAGUGGGGAGUGACGGCGAGGGGGUGGAGGAGCAGGUGGGGGUUUGCACGGACGUGUAUGAAAUGAUUGACUGCAUCAGCACUGCUGUGCCUAUGACGGUGGACCAGUUCCUGGCGAUGACAGAGCAACAGCAGCUGCAGCGCAAGGUAGCAGACGCCACAGGCCAGACCCACCUGGAGGUCUCUGAUUGGGUGGCAGUGGACGGCGCGCCGCCCGGAGCCGCCCGGCGGCAGCGCAACAUCAAGUUCAAGUUCUCCCGCCAGAUGUCGCCGUUUGGGACCACCGUGUCGGGCGUGCAGCAGGCCACUAAGGACGCGACACCUGGCAUGUGCACGUGGGCGAUGCUGGAGGAGUCAAUCACUCUGCACCAAGUGCCCUUUGGGGACUACUUCCAGGUGGAGACCAAGAGGGAGCUCAAGUCACAGCAGCUUCUGAAUGGCAAGGAGGAUGGGAGUGCGGAGGAUAAGGCACAUAGACUUAACGAGCGGGUGUCUGAACUCAAGACAACUGAGAACCUGGCUCCCUCGCCGCACCUCGCCGCUCUCCCCAUGGAUAUGAGUGGAUGUGGUUCGUCCUUCGCUUUCCCCACCUACCGUCCAUCUUCCCACCACAUCCAAACCCGUUCCGCCACCUUCCACAUCCACCUCCCCCCAUAUCCGCCCGCUUUCCCCACCUCCACACCCCCCACAUCCACCUUCCUGCAGGCGCACCUGGUUCCCCUCGGCGCAGCUGGCGGCAAUGCUGGUGGAGCGGGGCGGGUGCGAGCGAUGGGGAAGGUGGUGGCGGCGGAGGAAGGGGAGGACGACGGCAAGGCGCCGUGGGGGCACGUAGUGGAGGGGUUGCUGACGGCGGGCACGCUCAGCACGGGGAAUCGGCUCACGCUGGCGUUUGCACGGCUGGCUGAGAGGUUCCUGGCUUCGUGGGUGCGCAUCGAUGUGAGUGAGCAGGGGUGGGGGAAGGGGUGGGGGGGUAUAUGGAUCGAUGGCAUCAGCAAGGGGUUGGGGAAGGCGGGCAUGGUGAAACAGAUCAUGUUCCCUGCCAUGGCCGUCAAUCCCAAGAUGCAGCCAUGCCUGGCGCAUGUGCGCGUAGUGCUAGGUCAUGUGUACUUCCGCUACGGAUCCUUCCUGGAAGAUACACGCAAGCUCAAGCGCAUCAACCUGGCAGUCAAAAUGAUCCUCCACGCCAUCACUGCCUACGACCUUCGAUCACUGAGAGCGGAGCUAUUCAUAAACGCGUGUGACAAGCCCGUCAGUUUCGACAACUCGCUCUCCUCCGGCUGCUCCGGCUUCCCCGUCUUCAGCACACAGUGGACCCCCGGCUCCACAGACAUCCUAUUCCCCGACCCCCUCGACCUCGACUAUUCCCCUCCACAGCACGCUGAGCACGUGCCCUGGGCCAAGAAGGAGGGCAGGGCAGUGUGGCGGGGCAGCGGGUUUGAGCACGGGUUUGUGUUGGCGGAGGAGAUGGAGGAGGGGAUGAAGGAGUGCGCGUUCAAGUAUAUCCCCCUCCCUUCCUCCUUCUCAUCCCCCUCCCUUCCUCCUUCUCAUCCCCCUCCCUUCCUCCUUCUCAUCCCCCUCCCUUCCUCCUUCUCAUCCCCCUCCCUUCCUCCUUCUCAUCCCCCUCCCUUCCUCCUUCUCAUCCCCCUCCCUUCCUCCUUCUCAUCCCCCUCCCUUCCUCCUUCUCGUCUCCCGCCCAUCCUCUCGUGGGUCUCUUUCCCGCAGGAACGGGUUUGUAUUGGCGGAGGAGAUGGAGGAGGGGGUGAAGGAGAGCGCGUUCAAUCGGGCUUCAUGCAGUAUUUCGAGCCGCUCAUGCUGCCCGGAGUACACUACAUCCCGGUUACACACAGCUUCAUGGAUCUCGUGGCAGCGGUGGAGUGGAUGAGGCAGCACGACGAUGCGGUGCACACCAUGCUGCUCAACGCAAACGAGCUCGCCUCUCACGUGUGCACAACAGCCGUCGCCGUUGUUCCUUUUCUCUGCCUCUCCUCUCCGCGUCCCACAAACCCUUCCUCCUCUCCCGUGCCGCAGAAGGUGGACGGCAAGCAGGUCCAGAUUCAGUUAACGGGCUUCAUGGAGCGCCACACGGCGCGCUUCAUGCGCGAGCUCUGGUGCCUGCUGCUCAGCGCGCAGGCCAACGUUAGCGGCAUCCCGCAGAAGUUCCUGGAUGAAAAGGCGGAGGAGACAAGGAAGAAAAAGGAGGCGGAGCAGCGCAUUUUGUCGGAGAUUGGGCGCAAGAAGGGGGUGCAGCAGCAGGGCUCGUUGCUGGGCCCUGGCUCUGCCGCUGCUUCCAUCCCGGGAGUGGACGUGGAGGCUGCUCGACGGAAGGCCGCAGAAGCAGCAGCGCGCCUCACAGCUGCCCUCCUGGGUCAUCCCGCUCCCCCUACUGCUGCUGCGCCUGCGCCUGCUCCUGCCGCUGCACCCGCUGCUGCUGCGCCCGCCGCGGUGGUGACGAGGGAAAAGCGGAGCAGGAUCAACCCCCCUUGCCUCCUCCCCCUCGAAACCGUUCCCCCGCCCGCCGUCGCCAUCGCUCCCGCUCUUUCUCCCCCGAGCGCCGCUCCCGGUCCCCUCCCCGCCACCGCCGCUCCGCGUUCCGCUCCGACCGCCGCUCCCCCCCGCCGUUGUCUUACCGCAGCAGCCGCUACCGCUCCCCGCCUAGAAGCCGCGGGUACCAGCGCGACGGACGGUCGCCGCCAGGAGACUAUCGGCGCAGAGGGGGGGGGUCCCGCUCACCCCCCGCGCGCCGUUCGUAGGGAUAGGGGCGGCAAGGAGGAAUAUGGUGAUGAGGAGGAGGAGGAGGAUGAGCAGGAGGAUGUGCGGGGUGGUGUGCGCAAGGAGGCUAGGAUAGGAGGGGCAGGACGGCGGGAUGAGGAGGAGGACUACGACGAGGAGGAGGAGGAUGAUGGGGAAGGAGAGGAGGGUAGGAAGGGUAGGGCGGGUCGAUUGGUGGAGGAUAAGGGGAGAGAAGAACAGGUGAUGGUGAGAGAAAGGGGCCGGGCUGACGCGGGGAGAAGUGCCAAGCUCGAUGCAGGUGCGGGCAGGGAUGGGGGGAGGGGUGGGGGUAGGGGUGGGGGGAGGGAUGGUGGGAGGGGUGGGGGUAGGGGUGGGGGGAGGGAUGGGGGCAUGGGUGGGAGGGAUGGCGACAUUCCAUCCCCUGAUGCGGACGAGAGUGAGGGCGAAGAGCCGAAUGGCCGUCUGGGUGCUUUCGAAAAGUCUGGUGGCAGGAGGGAGAGCGAAGGGCGAAGGGGCAGGGGUGGGGUUGAGGAGGAGGGGGAUGAGGAGGAGGACAGGUGGGGUUCGGAUGGGGAGAGGAGGCAGGGUGAGAGGGGCAGGUAUGUCGCGCGUACGGGGGAGGGGGGCGGAUUCGAGGGGCGUGCGCGUGAGAGGCGAGAUGAGGAGAGGGGCACAGGCAGGGUGAUGCGGAGAGCAGGGUACGAGGACGAAAGAGGCGGGGAGAUGCGAGAGGGGCCAAGGGGUUUUGGCAGCAAGGGGCCUAGCGGUAGGGAUGAGCCAGGGGAAGAUUGGGAGGAGGAGCGGGGUGCUGGUGCUGGUGGGGGCUCUCGUGCCGGUCCUGUUGUUGGUGCAGGGGCUGGUGCACGUGACGUGCGUAGACCAGGCGACAGGUAUGAGGAUCGGCGGGAUAGGAGGGAUUUGAAGGCCGCGGAGCAGGAGCAGGGCGAGGAGGAAGAGAGGGGGGAAGAGGAUGAGGAGGAGGCAGGGGGGAGUCAGAGAAAGUCUCGUAGCUUUCUCUCUUCCCAAGAACCAUCUGCGUCUCCCCAAGAUGCUUCCCCUCCCUCCUCCGCUUCUCCCUCCCCCCGCCGCCCGACAAGAGAGGCUGGCACGCGAGGGGACGGGAAGGGAGGGCAGGUGAGCGGGGAGGGGCUGGGGAGGGCGUUGAGCGAAGAGUGGGAGGAGGAUGAGGGGAUGAACAGUGAGGAGAGGCGUGAGGCGAAGCGGAGGAGGAAGGAGGAGAAGAAGGCACGCAAGGAGGAGAAGAGGAGGAGGAAGGAGGAGAAGCGGCGGCGGAAAGAGGAGAAGCGUGCCGCAAAGGAGGCACGACGGGGCAUGGGAGGGGAGGAUCGGGGCAGCAGUGAGGAUGAGGAGGAGAGACAGCAGGAGGGAGGGGUGAACGGUGGUGAGAGGGGGGAUGGUGAAGGGAGAGGUAAGAGGGAGAGGGAGUGGGAGGAGGGAGAGGGUGGGGGGAGAGAGAGAGGGGGAGGGGGAUUUGUGGGGAGCAUGGAGGAGCUGAGGGAGAGGGCUCUGCGAUCCAUGCAGGCGAAACGGGCGCGAGAGGGCACAGCACGCCGCAAUGCUGCUCAUGUUCUUCCUGCUCGGCUGCGCCCUUCUAAUCAGCGAAACCACCAGCGGCACUCGCAUUCUUCUGUGAGGGGAUGCUCUUCACCCUUCACUCCACGGCCCACCACGGCCUCGAGCCGCGCUACCACAUGCUGCUCUUCUCCUCACUGCACUCCCCUCCACCGCUUCCUCCCCUCAUCCCUCCCCAUCCGCCGCACUCCCAUCUCUCCUCACCCCUCCCCGCCCAUCUCCCCCAUUCCCCAAUCCCUCUCCAUCCAUCCCCAUCCCGUUUCCCACAGCCUGCUCCCCCUCCCUCUGGGCGCGUUUCACAUCCUAGCAGCGCUCGCAUUCUUCUGUGAGGGGAUGCUCUUCACGCUGCACUCCACGGCGCACCACGGCCUAGAGCCACGCUACCACAUGCUGCUCGCCAUUUCCAUCUCUGCCUGUGUUGUGUGUGCGCUGCUGGCCGCUGCCAUGCCGCACUCCUUCCUGCUCGAUGCAGUUGGCAGCGGCGCGAUUGUCCUGCAGGGGCUCUUGUUCUGGCAGAUCGCCAUGUCUCUCUACGGCCCCAUGGUGCCAGCGGGCUGCUACCUGGGUCCUGACACCGUGAACUCGGGCUGCUACCUGGGUCCUGACACAGUGCACUGCGACUCCGAUGCAAGUGAGCACCGAGCCGAGGCCCUCGCUGUGCUUCAGUUCAUCGCCCUCCUCGCCUGCACCCUCGUGCUCUCACUCGUGUAUUACGGCAUGGUUGCGAGCGCUGCUUCUCGGUCGUCUCUUGAUCUUAUCCAUGCAACACAUGCUGUGGAAUGUGGGGAGGGGGAGGGAAAUGAUGGAACUAGUGGGGGGAGCGGGAAUGGUUGCAAGGGAGAGGUUGUGUUAGGGGCGCUUAGUGCGCAUGAGAACGGUACGGACACAGAUGCAGGUGUAGACGAGGAGAAAGGCCUUUUAUCUUAA